AGUGAGUGAGAGAGAGAGAGAGAGAGAGGGGCUGUGUGUAUGGUGAAGAGGCUGUGUAUUUAGGAGAAUCCAUAGUCAUAAGAGAAGAAAGAAGAAGACCGCAAGCUUUCAUUUUACUCCUCAUUAUUCCGCAUCCUACCGGAGGCUUUUGUGUCUUGUUUUUUUUGGUCCUUCUCUCUCUCCAUCCUUCCUUCACCGCGGAAGGAGGAACAGCACAGCAGCACAGCCGGUGGUGGAAGUUGACACUGUGGUGUGGGUGUUGAGCUGAGAGGCCCUGGUUGAUGCUGUGAAAGAGCUCUGUAAGGACAAACACAAGCAAAGGGGAGUUGUUAGACUAGAGGAGACGACUAGAGGAGACGACUAGAGGAGACGACUAAAGGAGACGACUAGAGGAGACGACUAGAGGAGACGACUAGAGGAGACGACUAAAGGAGACGACUAAAGGAGAUGACUAGAGGAGACGACUAGAGGAGAUGACUAGAGGAGACGACUAGAGGAGACGACAGGUCAGGAAAGGAGAUGGGUAACCUCCUGAAAGUGCUGGCCUGCUCCGAACUAGAGCAUGGCCCAAUCAUUUUCCUUGACUUUGAACAUGCCCAGCCUACAGAGGCAGAGACGGCGGUAUGGAACCAGGUCAGUGCUGUCCUGGAGGAGGCCCACGGUAUCCUGGCUGAACUACAGUCAUACAACGGGGCGGGACAGGAGAUACGAGAGGCCAUCCAGAACCCAGGUGAUCUGCAGCUACAGGAGAAGGCCUGGAAUGCAGUCUGCCCCCUGGUGGCCAAACUCAAACGCUUCUACGAGUUCUCCCUCCGACUGGAGAAUGCCCUGCGUAGCCUGUUGGAGGCGCUGACGAGCCCUCCCUACGCUCCCAUGCAACACCUGGAGAGAGAGCAGGCCCUGGCCAAACAGUUCGCGGAGAUACUCCACUUUACCCUCAGCUUCGACGAACUAAAGAUGACAAACCCAGCCAUUCAGAAUGACUUCAGCUACUACAGGAGAACCAUCAGUAGAAACAGGCUGAACAACCAGCAGUUGGAGGCGGAGAAUGAGGUGAACAACGAGAUGGCCAAUCGGAUGUCUCUGUUCUACGCCGAGGCCACACCCAUGCUGAAGACCCUGAGUAAUGCCACCACCAAGUUCGUGUCAGAGAAUAAGACCUUACCCAUUGAAGACACCACAGACUGCCUGAGCACCAUGGCCUGUGUGUGUCGUGUUAUGCUGGAGACCCCUGAGUACCGUUGUAGGUUCACCAACACAGACACCGUGUUGUUCUGUAUGAGGGUGAUGGUGGGAGUGAUCAUCCUGUACGACCAUGUCCACCCUGUAGGAGCCUUCGCCAAGACAUCCAAAAUAGACAUGAAGGGCUGCAUCAAGGUGCUGAAAGAACAGCCUUCCAACAGCGUGGAGGGACUACUGAACGCACUGAGGUAUACGACCCGACAUCUAAACGACGACAGCACCUCUAAACAAAUCAGGGCUCUUCUUCAAUGAAAGAUGGAAGAGAGGCGAGUGUGAAGGAAGGAGAGAGAGAGAGAGAGAGAGAGAGAGAGAGUGCACACGGAGGGAGGAGAAGUAAAAAUGAAGAAGAACAAACUGUGUUGGCUGAAUCCUGUUUGUUUACAUGAAUGAAAAGCUAAAUGAUCAGGUCUGAUAAAAAACCUAACUGAUGAGAAGAAGUUUAUGUAUUGUUCAUCGUUCUGUCUCUCAUUUUGUAAAAAAAAAAGAAAAUGAAGGAAAAUAAUCUAUAGAGAUAUAUAUUAAAGAAAGAAAAAAAACUAAACAAGUGUUACCAGAUUUCUAAUAAGACUAAAGGUGAAGAACAACAAGGAAAAAGCUAUAUUAGAAAAAUAUACGGUCAGGAAAUAAAAACUGAAGCAAAAAAAUGAAAAUAAACUAAAAGUUUCAUAUUCCGUACAACAACGUUAGUCUGAAGAAUAUUUUUGCAUUCAUGUAGAAUAUAAACAGCACCGUCUGUCAGUCUCCACCUAGUCGCUGGAAAGAUUUAAGCUCCAUUAAAUACUGCAAAGAAUAGACUGGUCACUGCAUUGAGGGUCCAUCCCAAUAGUUUGAAGGGGCUUCCUCUUCUCCUCAUCUCCUCUCCUUGUUUCCUCUCCUCCAUUUACACUGAACUGACAACACAGGCGUUAUUAAGUAAGUAUUGCAGAUGAAAAAAAGGGGGCGAGGAGACAAGGAGGGGAAGCUAUUUUACUGUGUUCACAUACACCCAGACAAUGCUCAUCACACCCCCCCCCCCCCCCCCCCACCACCACCCACUUGAAUCGUAACCGCCGGGAACUGUGGGAGUUUUUGGCACUAGUACGUGAUGUUAUGCCGUAAAUGGAGUUUGUGAAGAAUUUUGGUGAUUCAGCCCUCUCUUUAUGGUGCUAAAACUUUUAACUAUCUACAUAAAACCUCACACAACGUUUCAUACACCUAGUGCCAAAGCUACCGCAUCAUCAGCAGGUGGGUUAAAGGAGAUACCGACGACUAGCCUUGUACCACUGCUUCAUAUCUAUCUUUAGGGGGUUAAGGAGAUAGUGACUGACUGCUAGAUAUCUAUCUUUAGGGUUUAAGGAGAUAGUGACUGACUGCUUGAUCUCUAUCUUUAGGGGGUUAAGGAGAUAGUGACUGACUGCUAGAUCUCUAUCUUUAGGGGGUUAAGGAGAUAGUGACUGACUGCUAGAUCUCUAUCUUUAGGGGGUUAAGGAGAUAGUGACUGACUGCAAGAUAUCUAUCUUUAGGGGGUUAAGGAGAUAGUGACUGAGUGCUAGAUAUCUAUCUUUAGGGGGUUAAGGAGAUAGUGACUGACUCCUAGAUAUCUAUCUUUAGGGGGUUAAGGAGAUAGUGACUGACUCCUAGAUCUCUAUCUUUAGGGGGUUAAGGAGAUAGUGACUGACUCCUAGAUCUCUAUCUUUAGGGGGUUAAGGAGAUAGUGACUGACUGCUUGAUCUCUAUCUUUAGGGGGUUAAGGAGAUAGUGACUGACUGCUAGAUAUCUAUCUUUAGGGGGUUAAGGAGAUAGUGACUGACUCCUAGAUCUCUAUCUUUAGGGGGUUAAGGAGAUAGUGACUGACUACUAGAUCUCUAUCUUUAGGGGGUUAAGGAGAUAGUGACUGACUGAUAGAUAUCUAUCUUUAGGGGGUUAAGGAGAUAGUGACUGACUGCUAGAUAUCUAUCUUUAGGGGGUUAAGGAGAUAGUGACUGACUGCUAGCCUUGUACCACUGCUAGAUAUCUAUCUUUAGGGGGUCCAAAAGGCUACAGGACAUCACAGUCUACUGCUCCAAUCCCUACAUAGCCAACCAGCCAUCAGUAAACCAUAUUCUGUACCUUGUGAAAUCUUGGAUGUGCCAUCUUGGAUUUUUUUUGGUGGAAUACUCUAUUGAAGCAUAAAGAGAAGGGCAGAGACUUUCAGGGAGGGACAAAUACCUUAUCAUUAACAAGCGGAUAUAUAAACACACACAUGUACACAGGCACAGUCAUUAGAUUACUCAUAGAGUCGCAGUGUAAAUAAGUGAGCGAGCUGAGUAUUUUCUCAUCAGGCAACUGCAAGGCCAGCUCUGGUCCUCCAGGAUAGAAUACACAUCAACAAUAACAAAUGUGCUUAUGUUCCACGAGACAUUUCUUCUUUUAGUAUGAGGCAAAUAAAAAAAAAUGUUGUUGAUAAAGUGGGUAUUGAAAAUAAAGAAGUUGAAAAAGGAGAUUUUAAAAAUGCAGAGCUGUACUUUCCAUGUCUAUAGACCUUAGUCUAACUUCAGUUGAUCUCAUAAUAUAUUUUCUAUACAGGGGUAUGUGGUACAAACAUAUUCUGUAUAAAUAUAUAGAUGGCAUGUUGUAAAGUUCUAACAUAAAAUGUGUACAUAAAAAGGUGUUUUUAUUCAUUUUUAAUUGUUCAGUGAAGCUGAAAUUGGGUGUGUUGUCUCUCUCAGAAAUACCAUGGCUUGGCUUGGACCAUUGAACUUGCUGUAGUGAGUCAUAGGUUUAAAAAAAAAAAAAAAAAACUAAUCUUGGCGAAUGACACGGCGGGAGGAGUGGGACUAGGGGUGGGACUAGGGGUGGGACUAGGGGUGGGACUAGGGGUGAGCUGUCCAUUUGCUUGUUAUUUUGUACAUUUUGUGCAACAAUAAAACUUGUCCAUUUACUACAUUCAA